CCAUGAUCGUCGUAGGAGAAGUCGAAGCAAGGAACAUAGACGUUCCAGAUCUAGGAGCAAAACGCCAAAAACAGAACUGUCUGUAGAAGAGAGAGAUGCUCGAACUGUGUUCUGCAUGCAACUUUCAUCUCGUAUUCGCUCGCGAGAUUUGGAGGACUUCUUCAGUGUUGUAGGGAAGGUGAAUGAUGUUCGUAUCAUCACAGACACUAAGACACGCAGAUCAAAGGGAAUUGCUUAUGUUGAAUUUUGUGAAGUAGAAUCCGUACCAUUGGCUUUGGGACUUUCCGGGCAGAAAAUACUUGGUGUUCCCAUUGUGUGUCAGCCAACACAAGCCGAAAAAAACCGUGCUGCCUCGACAGCAGCCGUGCAAGACCAGAAAGCAGCUACAGGACCUAUGAGACUGUAUGUGGGCUCUUUACAUUUCAACAUCACAGAAGAUAUGCUCAGGGGUAUUUUUGAACCCUUCGGAAAAAUUGAUCACAUACAACUAAUUAUGGACUCUGAAACUGGAAGAUCAAAAGGAUAUGGGUUCAUUACAUUCCACAACUCUGAUGAUGCCAAAAAAGCUCUUGAACAGUUGAAUGGAUUUGAAUUAGCUGGGAGGCCGAUGAAAGUAAAUCAUGUUACUGAACGCUCGGAAACUCAGCAGGGAACAUCUCUUCUAGAUUCAGAUGAAAUGGAAAGGGCAGGCAUUGAUUUAGGUGCAACAGGACGCCUUCAGUUGAUGGCGAAGUUGGCUGAGGGAACUGGCCUUCAGCUUCCUGCAGCAGCUGCAAAUGCUUUACACAUGCCAGCCACGCCUCAGCAACAGCCAGCACCACCUAUUGCUACCCAGUGUUUUCUUCUAUCUAAUAUGUUUGAUCCAUCAACUGAAUCUAAUCCAAAUUGGUCUGAUGAAAUAAGAGAUGAUGUUUUAGAAGAAUGUAACAAACAUGGUGGUGUUCUGCAUAUAUUUGUGGAUAGACAGUCUGCUCAGGGUAAUGUUUAUGUCAAAUGCCCCACCAUUGCAACAGCUGCUGCCUCUGUAAAUGCACUCCAUGGACGAUGGUUUGCAGGUAAAAUGAUAACUGCAGCAUAUGUUCCUGUUAUGAGUUACCAUUCCCUUUUCCCUGAAGCGAUGACUGCAUCACAACUAGUGUAUCCACGAUGAACUGACAACUCUCAGAAUCCUGAUGGCAGUCUACAGUAAAUCUUUUUGAAUGUAUUAGGUCUAAUCAAUGAUGAGAGCUUUUUACUGGAGAUUUUUCACAAGUGGCUCUGUAGUCAUUAGUUAUAUAUUACAGUACUAUUUUUUCAAGUAAAGUGAAUGUACGUACUUUGUUGAUAAGAGGAUUUAUGUGGAUCAUGCUGCACAGUUAUUUGAUAUGGCCUGUGUGGUUGGUGUGUGUGUGUGUAUAUAUAUAUAUAUAUAUGUAUAGAUGGAUGUGUAUGAAUCCUUGCAUUUGAGUCAUUUUGUGCAUGUAUAAAUAAAUUGUAAAUUUAA